UUUUUCUUCAUUCACUAAAAUUAGUGAUCUCCAUAUGUGGAGGUUGAAUAAAGUUCGUCAUAAAGCUGGUCGACAUCCGGAGAGUUUGGAGCAGCUCCGGCUGAAGAGACGAGAGCAGGAGAAAGAAUUGAGACAAGCCCGCAGGGACAAGCAGCUUGUGAGCAAGAGACUCCUGGUGAAUGAAGAUGAGGAGCCGCCAGAUGUUACCAUGGACACGACCUCAGGAGGAGAGGAUGUGGUCAGAUCGUUCCACAGGCUUCAGCACAGCGGACUGGACAAGGGAGCCCACUUGAAAUCCUUGAGUAAGGCUCUGCGAGACCCAUCAGCACAGCUCACCUUCAUAAAGCAGGAGAACGCCAUGCAUCUGCUGGUCGGCCUCCUCACCGGCUCGGACGCUCAGUGCCGUCUGCAGGCUGCACGGUGUCUUCACGAGCUGUCCCACUCUCCCCACCCCGGUGUGGCGGCCGCCUGUCUGCCCGCCACCCCCUACCUGCUCACCUACCUGUCGGGCCCCAGCACCAAGUUUACAGAGCUGUGUCUCUACACUCUCGGUAACAUUUGCCCAGACGGUGAUGCUGUGAAAGAGAAGCUCCUGGCUCAGGGAAUCAUUCCAGCUCUGGCUAACUGCAUGGAGAAUCAGAGACAUAACCUUGCCGUUGUGGAGGCUGUGGGCUUCACUCUCUCUCAGCUUCUCCAAACCAAAGAUGCUGCUGUGAAAGUCAUCCCGUUUGUCCUGUCCUCCAGCUUACUGCCACAGUUGCUGUCAGUCUUGACGCCUGACCCAAAGUUUGGCCUGGCUCCUGCCAUCGAGUGUGCGUGGUGCUUACACUACCUCACAUGCAGCUCUGCCGAUAAUAGAGAACUGUUGGCUCAAGGGGCGUUGCCGCGUUGCAGUUCCCUCUUGGUGUCACUAGGUGGUGCUGUGGCCGAAGGAAAGACGGAGGAAGGAUUAGAGCUGCUUGUCUGCCCACUGCUGAGGUGUGUUGGAAACUUACUGUCCUCCUGCCCACCGGAAGACCUGAGCGCUCAAGUGGGUGACGUUCAUCUCGUGGUUGCUCUGUGCGCUCUCCUCCAGUACUACCUGCACACGGAGCCAUCACUGGCCAGAGAGACCACCUGGGUCCUCAACAACCUCACAGCUCACUCUGUUGAGUUCUGCUCUGCCCUCCUGACUCUCAACUUGGUCCCAGGACUGAUCCAGCUCCUGUCUUUCUCUCAAGGAAUCAACACCAUGGUACUCAAUACUCUAGCAAAUGUUGCCCACAAGAAGAAGGAGUUCUGUGUGGAGCUGGCGCAGCUUGGACUGCUGUCUGCACUCAGCACCACGCUGAAAAUGGCCCAUCAAGACAUCGUGACCCUGAGUCUAGAUGUCCUGUACAUGAUGGUUCUGAGCAGCUCACAGGUAUCAGAGGAGUUUGUGAUACAAGGUGGGAUUUCACUGCUGGAAGCCAUUCAGUACAACGGUGAAAGAGAGAUGAGGCGAAGGGCUGCAUUCCUGCUGGAGAACCAUUUACUGCCCCCCCAGCAGUAGAUGGACGGGUGGAUGGAUGGAUGGAUGGAUGGAUGGAAAUUCACCUCACCCCUGUUGUGAUGCAGACUGAUGAGCAGGGGCAACGUCAAUUACGGGAAAACACAGGAUGAAUUGUUUGUUUUCACAUGAAAUGCCAUUUGGAAAACAAUGUAACCAUGAUAUGAUGAAUUUCAAUGUGAUGUAACGCACUGGUUUUAUUUAUUAUAUAUCUGAAGAUUUGGUACUUAAAUAUAUACAGUAUUUCCACAUGAACUUUUGCUCAUAUUUGUGUGUAUGUGAAACGCUGAAAAGGAGUUGUGUAUUAUCAAAGCACAUGUGAAAGUGGAAUCAGUGGUGCAUAUUGUGUGUAUUUAUUGGAUUCUCUAUGACUGACUUAGGUUUUUACAGUGCAGCGGUUUUGAUACUGCUACUUCUAUUUGUCAAUCAAUA